AUGGUAGAAACACAUCAAUCAACCUCUCUUAUUUUCUCCAAAAACAUUCAAGAACUCAUUGUCGUACUCCCCAUUUACGAAGAGAGACUAGACAAAGGGAAACCAGCAGUAUUUUAUAAAAUAGUAGUCAAAAUAGGCAGUAGGUCUUGGGAACUAUGGAAAAGAUAUAGUCAGUUUGAUCAACUUGAUGCUGACCUGAGAGCCAAAUAUCCCUAACUUCCUAAACUGCCUGGAAAGACAUUCUUUAAAAUCAAGGCUAAUGAAAAUUUAUCUAAGCGAAGAGAAGAGCUACAUCAUUAUUUGCAGGAUUUGGUCAAUAGACAAGACAUGCGAACCAAUCCACACUUUAGAUUAUUCCUAGAGCUUGAUACUCAACUGCCUGAAUCAGUAGUUAACACUCCUGUUAAAGUAGCUGAAUUUAGUGAGUUGAAUCUAGGUGGGAGAGAUAUGCUUUACAUUAAAGAGGAGAACUUAAUGUUUAUUGCAAUGAGUGAUAUGAAUAUUACUUCUAGGUUAGACGCAUAUCUUACUAAUUUUUCCUUUCCAUGGGAAAAGUCAACAUAACAAACAGACAACUAUGUUGGAGUGGGAGCAAUAUGCGUAUAUAAAGUGACAUAGGACAAAGAUGAUUAGUGGGUUUUCGAAAGAAUGUGGACUAAGACCUUCCCAUCAUAGACUAAUGUUUUAUACUGGUGCAAUGAUAUGGAGGUACUGUUUGUUGGUCUUGACUCAGGCAGAAUUCACUAAUUUAAAAUCCCUAAGGAGUAUAACUAUAUGAGAUUCUAAGAGAAUGAAGUCUUGAAAUCACAUAAUAAAAGAGUAAUGGGUUUAGCAGCAGAUAAAACCUUUGGCUAUGUCUAUUCAGUGGCAGAAGACGGCAGAUUUAAGGUUACUGAAAUUCAUGGGCAUUCAGUUGUUCAUGAUCUUUAACCAGGAAAAUCAGCACUAAAACAGAUGAUUUAUCAAGCUAAUAAGGCUCUCUUCAUAAUGGCAGAUGCUGAAGGCUAUAUCUAUAUUUACAAUUAAAAUCAUCACCCACCUGAACUCCUUGUGAAAAUGCAAAGUCAGUCACAGGCAUGUAUCAGAGGACUAUGUGUGAGCAAUGGAGGCUCUUAUUUAGUUGGGGGAGGGCAAGAUGGAAGUUUGUCAGUAUUUGAGAUUAAUAAGCCAAGAUCUGAAAGAUUCACUAAACAGAUAGCUCACUUUUAGGGUAAACCUGGUUGCAGAUGUAUUAUAUGGCGAGAAAGAAAUCGAGAGAUCAUUACAGCUAAUCAAGAUGGUAUGAUUACUGUAUGGUCUGCAAAAGAAGGUCAUCCCAUUUAUGUGUUUCAAGCUCAUGGAGGUCCUAUCACAUAACUAAUUUGGAUGGAAGAUAAAUAACAACUUAUAAGUUGCAGUAAAGAUAAGUCCAUCAAAAUUUGGUAGCUACCAAUAAUAUGGUAUGAUGAGGAAUCGAUAAAGAAAAAGGUUUAAGAAGAGGAGAAUAAAUCUAAAUAACUGGCUAAAGAUUUGACGGAAAAAGUCACUAUAGAUUAAAAAGCUACUAAAGAAAAGGAGGUAAUCCAAGUUUAGGCAAAAUAAACUGCACCUUAAAAGCAAAACUUAUAGCAAUAAUAGUAGCCUCCAAGGCAGCAGUAUACUUAGCCAGAACCUUAAUAUGAUUAAGAUGGUAAUUAGAUCUAUCCACUUGAUGGAGAUCAAGGGGAUAAUCAAUACUAAAACUAUGCCUAAUAUGAAGACCCGCUUUCAUAAAACUAUCACCAAUACGAGGAAUAGAACUAUCAAAAUCAGUACCAAGGUUAUGAUGCAGAUUAGGAGCAUCAAUAUGAGGAGGUUCUAGACAACCAGCAAUAGAUUAACUAUUAUAACGAUGGCUAGCAAUAAACCUAAAAAGAGGAUGAUAUGAUAUCUCCAGGAAGCUUAGUAUCAGCAAAUAAGGAGGAGAAUAGCACUAUUAAUACUGCUCAGCAGAAAGAAAAGACCCCAACUAAGAAGCCAGUAUAGACCACUUAUCAAGAUGAUGAAGACGAUGAUGACUUGACUGGAUGGAAUAGAUGA